GGUCUGCCCGCCUCCCAAGUGAGGAGGGCUGGACGCGCCUCUGCGCCAGUGUAUCGCGCCCGGCCGGUCCGCCGCCGGGCUGUGUAAGCACGGGGGCCGCAGACGGGGCCCGGGGGUCUGCGUGGCGCGAGCUGGGAGAGACGACACCGCGGCCCGGGCAGCAGCCAGGUCAGGGACGGUCACUGGACAGACGGCGACCGCACACAGUUUCAGGGCACCGUCAUGGGACGCGUCACCGCACGGCUGGCCGCGCUGUGCGCCGUGGUCUGCGCGGUGGGCACCGACCCUCAGGUCACCACCCACUCCGGCGAGCUCAGCGGAGCCACGCUCAAGUCGUUCCUCGGCAAACCCUUCUCGUCCUUCAGAGGCAUUCCGUACGCCGAGCCGCCUCUGGGCGAGAUGCGGUUCCGCGCGCCGCAGCCGCACCGCGGCUGGUCGGGCGUGCGAAAGGCCAAGAUGCACGGCAACAAGUGCCUGCAGUUCUCGCUGUUCUCGCCGGGCCUGCUGGAGGGCGCCGAGGACUGUCUGUUCCUGAACGUGUACACGCCGCGCCUGCCCGGGGACGGGCCCGACACGCCCCUGCCGGUGAUGGUGUGGAUCCACGGCGGCGGCUUCGUCACCGGCUCGGGCGACUUUGAGGUGCACGGACCCGACUACAUCAUGGAUGAGGAGGUGGUACUGGUGACGCUCAACUACCGGCUCGGACCGCUCGGGUUCCUCACCACCGGAGACGCGGCGGCGCCGGGCAACUACGGCCUGCUCGACCAGGUGCUGGCGCUCGAGUGGGUACAGGCCAACAUCGCCGCGUUCGGCGGCGACCCUGACCAGGUCACCGUCUUCGGCGAGUCGGCCGGAGGGGCCAGUGUCGGCCUGCACGUGCUCAGCCCGCGCUCCCGCGGCCUGUUCGCGCGCGCCAUUAGCCAGUCGGGCGCCGCGUUCAGCGCGUUCGCGGCCAGCGGCGAGCCUCAGGGGCAGAACGCCAGGAAGCACGCCGAGCUGCUCCAGUGUCCCACGGGCGACAGCCGAGAGCUGGUCGGCUGCGUUCGUCAGAAGUCCGCCAAGGAGAUUUUCAACACCAUGGGCACGCUGCUGAAGGAGGACAAUGUCGCAGUGUUGCCAAUCCUCUACAAGCCGCGGGUGGACCGCGAGUCGCGACUGCCGUUCCUCCCCAACGAUCCCUACUCGGCACUGGAGAGCGGCGACUUCAACGCGGUGCCGUGGAUGAUGGGUCUGAACCAGGACGAGGGCGCCUUCUACUCGUUCGCGCUGCGGAACAAGCCGGACGGCGUCCAAGUGUACACGGGCCGCGACUGGGACCGCUGGGCCUCCUCCAUCAUCCAGGUCGGCGGCGUCACCGCCGAGCCGGCCGCCAUGGCCGAGCGGGUGCACCGGUUCUACUUUGACGGCGCCGACUGCGGCGAGGAGAACCUGCCGCUGCUGGGCGACCUGCUCGGCGACCGGUUCUUCACCAGCAGCGUCAUCUCUGAGGCGGACCUGGCCGCCGCGCACACCCCCGUCUACAUGUACCUGCUGGACUACACGGGCGCCGGCCGGCAGCGGGUGCUCCAGGUACUGGCCCGCGUCAGCGGCAAGCCGUCCUCCUACCGCGACCUGGGCGUGCCGCACGCCGAGGACCUGCUCUACCUCUUCCGACAGGCGUUCGGACCUCCCGUGGCGCCCGACUCGGAGGAGCACAAGAUGAUCCGCUUCAUGGUGUCCAUCUGGACCAGCUUCGCCCGCCAGGGGCACCCGGCCAGUGACGUGCUGCCGAUGCCGAAGUGGCCCCUCUACACCAAGAGCCAACGGGAACACAUGCGGCUAAACGACGCGCCCAGCGUGGGCCAGAACCUGUUCAGUAAGCGAGUUCAGUUCUGGAAACAGCUGGAUAUCCGAGAGAACUGGCGAAUGCCGCUGCUGAAUAGCCAAUAUCGAGAUGAGCUCUGAUUAGCUGAUAUUAGGUCCAGUGUUAUGGCGAGAUGGGGUUGGGGCGUUUGUGCCAUGAAGUGUGCCGUUUUCCAAUGCGUGUUGUUUCGUUCAUAUUGAUUUAUAUAACGUCCUAGUCCCCAGGUUGGUCUAUAAAUGCUGUAUGCAAUUCAAUAAAACUCCAGUGCGCUGC